GAAACCUUCUCGAAGUUUAUAACAUAUACGAUAUUUCUUGGAACGCAAAGGUGUCUAUUGCUUUUGGUAUCUGUCGUGGCAUUUCUUACUUGAAUUCCUGUUUGAUCCUUCAUCAUGAUAUUCGCUGUGCAAACAUUAUGAUGACACCACAUUUGGAACCAAAAAUUACAAAUUUUAGAUAUGCGAUCGAUAAAAGUAAAAUAAAUACUGAAUAUUAUGAAUAUGUACCAAAUGUAGAUGAUAUUAUUAAUUGGAUGGCUCCUGAAAAAAUUCUAAAUUACCGAUAUAAUGAAGAAUGUGAAAUGUUUAGUCAGAGAGAAAAUUUAAACAUUAAAUUAAAUAAUGACGAAAAAAUACUUCAGGAAAGUUAUUUUAAAAUCAUUAAAAAUACUUGGCAUCAUCAUCCACAAGAACGUUUAAAUCUUCAGACCGUUCUCUUCGAACUUGAUAAAUUAGUUUCCAACUACCAUCAAAAUGGAUUUUCUCAAAGUUUGAUUCCAAAGUAUAUUAAUAAACUUAUUACUGAAUCCGUUGAUGAGUUAGAAGAUAAAGCAAAAGAAUGGAUUGAAGGUGCUAUAAGAGAUAGAGUUAUUAAGUCAAUAGGAUGGUCCGAAUUGCAAUAUCAUCAGAAGAUUGGGGCAGGAAAUUUUGGAACAGUAUUUAAAGCAUAUUGGCCUAAUAUUCAUAAUAAUGUAGUUUAUAAAAAAUUACUCAUUUCAUCGGACAUUCAAUUUAAGAUGUGGGAAGCGUUUAAACAUGAAUUACAGAUACAAAGCCGAGCACAUAGUUGUGAAAAUAUUAUUCGUGUUUUAGGAAUAAGUAAAAAUUUAAAUAAUGAAUAUUCUAUUGUUAUGGAAUAUGCUAAUGAAGGAGAUUUAAGUUUAUAUCUUUCAAACAAUUUCGAAAAACUCGACUGGAACAAAAAAAUUCGAUUAGCUUUGGAUAUUACAAAUGGAUUACAUUAUUUGCAUAAGGAAAACAUUCUGCAUAGAGACCUUGUAAUAAUACAUCAUGGAAGAGCAAAAAUUACAGAUUUCGGUAAUUCCAAGAGCAUGAAUACUAUGACCAGAAUACACGAUCACAUAUUUGGAAACAGAGAAAAGAGAAUGCCUAACACUCCUAAUGAGUAUUAUGAAUUAUAUAACACAUGUUGGAAUGAUGAACCUGAAAGGAGACAUAUUAUUGAAUAUGUUUAUGAA